UCAUUCCAAAGUCACCUACUUUAACGGUUAAACUCCGGCUAUUUACAAAUAUAAUAAAUAUUAAUUGUGUUGUUUGAGUAAUUAUUUAGAAAAGAUCCAGUACUACCAAUAAUGAAAUUGACGAUCGGACUGAUCUUUCAGUCUCUCUAUAAUAAUGAGUGCAACUUCCCCAUCUCCAUCCCACCCAAAAUUAAACACAACUUGCGAUAUUUAUCAUACCUGCCAGAUGAGUUGCUCGGGAAAUACUGCCCGCCACUUACUCUGACCAGUGCAACUUUAGUCAUUUUUUGUCAAUUGUUAAAAUUGAAUUUAAUUGUUUUUAGCGUUUGUUUACUAGUCGUAGUUUUACUUAGUGCUAGGUCAGAUAUAAGGUUGUCGGACAGAGUAUCGAAAAUGCAGCGUAAGGAGGGAACUACUGUUUUUAGGUGCAAAUGGUCACCUUGUGAUGCAACCUUUCCUCUCAGAAUCGGUUUGAGACGCCACCAGAGGAAAUGUCUCCACCGUCCUCCUUUAUUUCACCCUCCAUCCGCCACAUACACACCCACUGCUGCGAGAGAGAGACAGACACGACUCUUGUCAACCACGCCCACACCGACCGCUACAGAGGAUGAUGAUGAUGUUGGCGUUAUUUUUGAAACUCCGCCACCUACUCCUCCCAUCCCAACAGUAACUCAAGAUUGGAGACAACAACCAAGGACACCCACAGCAAUCAGGAAGACCACCAAACCACUCAAGUUUUUAUGCAAAUUUUGUGGAAAAGGGUUUGGAUACCGGCACCACUGUGAAGGUCAUGAGAACGAAAACUGUCCGGCCAACCCAGACCGUGAACUCCCCUCAAACACUUGCCCUACUUGUCGACUAGUUAUUAGAGGGAAUAAAGCCAUGCUGAAAUUCCACAUCCUACUCAACCACACCAUUAUUGAUAUCAAUACAUUGUCUCAAUCUCAAAUGAAGCUGCUUCAUCCAUUCCACACUAACCAACUCAAUCAGUUGAGAACUGUUGACCCUGUCCUGCCCCACCAUGCUAAUUUCCGUGAAUUGUGCAUGAAGUGGGUUAAAAGGUUGGAUGUAUACUGCACCGCAGAAGUGGCACGUGUGACGGGCCCUUGUAGCGUUUACCUAGUCGCCACCAUCGGUGGGAGGUUUACCUCAGCUGCUGACGCAUUUGAUUAUGUCAUGAAGGGUGGGGAAAACGUAUCGUUUUACAUCGGAUGUAAUGGAAACGGAAUAUGUGUUGGCCCUCACCACUUUACAGACCCGAACACCUCUUGUUUGGGUCAAGCAGGACAAAGAGGGCAGACUGUAGUCUUAUUGAAAUUGUGGGAGUUCAAGGGAACAGUUCAUAAGGAUAAUCUCCAAUCAGCACAUGAGUUGGAAUCAAAAUUAAUUGCAUACGCUCUAUCUGGUCAAAAAUACAUUGCCAAAGACGGGUCAAGGAUGAGGUGGCUAAAUAUGAGAAGGGAAGCAUCUACGUUCCUCACUCUUCCUAUUGCAGACCAAGAGAAAGCCAUUACGGAUGGAGUGACAGGGGUUCCCUUUCUCUGCCGAGCUGCAAAGUGUGGACCAGACUGUGUCGCCUUCCUCCAUCUCAACAAGAAGGAUUGCAAAAUAUUGCCAUUUCCGAUCCCCACUCAGUCAAACUUCCAGCGACCGCCCCAGUUACUUCCUCCAAAGAAACUACUAUCUGACCCCCAUAAAAUUGAAAAAGAAGUAGCUGACCGAAUCAAGCAACUCCGAACAAGGCAGGAUUAUGAAGCAAGUAGAAAAGCAUGUGUUUACAUUGCAUUAAUGCCCCUAACCGAACAAUAUGGUCAACUGUCACCCACUGAGUACUGUCGACAUUUAAACGAGACACCGCAAGUGGAUGAGACAAUCCAGGGAUACAUCGGAAAGAACCGUCAACCUUCAGGUGUGUCCGAUGUACAUACACGUACUCCUCAUUUAACAAACCCUGGGAAAGCAAUUUUUGAUGGAUCGAGGAAGUGCAUCCAAGUUGGUGUCAUACCUCGUGUGAAUGUGGAUGAGGCUGAAAAGUUGGAGGCUCUGUUGCUAGUUCAUCUCUUUUUGCAAGCUCGGGUGAGACGACAAGGGAGGAAGGUUGACCCUUUCAACAAACAAAUAUCCCCCGCUGCGUGGUUGCGUUGCUCAAAGGAGGAAAAACAAGAGGUUGUUGAAUUGGGACUGGCAGGGGUCUCACCCAUUACUUUUGGAACAGAGAAACCUCGCAUGAAAAUGAAAGGGGUUAAAUAUCCCAUUGUUAUUAACAUGGCUGAUGUAAAGGAAAUGGUGUUACCGACACAAGAGGAGGACGAGACAAAUUAAAAGAUUCAGUAUUUAUGAACUAUAUUACAGCUAUUCAUACAAAUAUGUACUUGUUAUUCGUUAGGGCAUUUUUUUAAUUUGAAUAAAAUAAAAGUACUUGGAACACGCUUACUGAACAAGGCAGUUUCGACAGGCUAAA